AGCUUUUGCAUGACAAGUAGCGGGGCCAAAGCAUACUAGUACUCACAGGUGGCCGUGCUCAAAAGUACAAAACCCAAGCUCAGACAGCAGUCAGAACUCAGAACAGAACCCAAAAGGGAAAGCAAAAUCAGCAAGAAGGAGAGUCUGAAUCUGAAAAUGAAAUACAAGCUCAAUAACAAAUGGAUAUCAACAGUAGGCAGCAUAUGGAUCCAGUGCACCAGCGGUUCACUCUACACCUUCUCCAUCUAUUCCCCAACUCUCAAAUCUACCCAAAACUAUGAUCAAUCCACUCUCGACACCGUUUCCGUCUUCAAAGACAUUGGCGCCAACUGCGGCGUCCUCUCCGGCAUUCUCUACACCUUCGCCGUCCCAUAUAACCGCCACAGUCGCCUCGCUUCCUUUGGUGGGCCUUGGUUGGUCCACGUGGCGGGUGCCAUCCAAUCCUUUACGGGUUACUUCUUGAUCUGGGCUGCUGUAAUUGGCUUGAUUCCUCGGCCUCCGGUUGUGGGGAUGUGCUUGUUCAUGCUUUUGGCGGCGCAUGCUCAGAGUUUCUUCAAUACUGCUAAUGUGGUCACUGCUGUACGGAACUUUCCCGAUUACAGUGGCACUGCUGUUGGUCUUAUGAAGGGGUUUCUGGGUCUAAGUGGAGCAAUAUUAAUUCAAGUUUAUCAGACUAUAUUCAACAACAAGCCCACUUCAUAUCUUCUAAUGCUGGCACUGUUGCCCACUAUCAAUCCUUUUUUACUUAUGUGGUUUGUGAGAACUUACGACACUAAUGAACAAGAUGAGAAGAAGCUUCUCAAUGCUAUUUCACUUGUUUCUCUACUUGUUGGUGCUUAUCUUAUGGCUAUUAUAAUAUUGGAGCACAUUGUUCAUUUGCAAUUGGUUGUGCGGGUUCUUAUUUUGUUUGUGCUUCUAGUGUUAGUUGCAUCACCUCUGUGCAUUGCACUCAGAGCACAAGAAAGGGGCUUCCCUGUGAUUCAGCAGAGUUUGUUUUCUGAGGGGGACAAGUUAUUGGAUGAGCCCCAACAGCUGGAUGCUGGGACAGCAGCACAAGAUCCUGCCUGCUAUCAUCACUUUUCUACUGAUGCUGAUCAAGAGAUAAAUGCUAAUGAUACAAGGAAUCCCGAGGAGGAAGAAAACCUUAAUCUUUUACAAGCCAUGUGCACUGUGAACUUCUGGAUUUUGUUCUUUGCCAUGGCAUGCGGCAUGGGCUCAGGGCUUGCCACAGUGAAUAACCUUGGCCAAAUAGGUGAAUCUCUUGGUUACUUGAGCUUUGAGACUAAUACCUUAGUUUCUUUGUGGAGCAUCUGGAAUUUUCUGGGCCGUUUUGGUGCUGGCUAUGUAUCAGAUUAUUUCCUGCAUGUUAGAGGAUGCGCGAGGCCAUUGUUCAUGGUCCUCACUCUAGCUACCAUGAGUGUUGGUCAUGCUGUAAUCGCAUCUGGUUUGCCUGGUGCUAUGUAUGCUGGUUCAAUUUUGGUCGGUGUUUGUUAUGGUUCUCAGUGGUCCCUGAUGCCCACGAUUGCUUCUGAGAUAUUUGGUGUAAGACAUAUGGGUACUAUAUUCAAUGGCAUUACCAUAGCUAGUCCUGUUGGAUCAUAUAUUUUCUCUGUGAAAGUGGUUGGCUAUAUUUAUGAUAUGGAGGCAUCAGGGGAAGGGAACAGUUGCACUGGAACUCACUGCUUUAUGUUAUCAUAUCUUAUCAUGGCAUCUGCCACCUUAUUGGGUUCUCUUGCUGCUUUAUGCUUGUUUUUCCAGACCAAAAGUUUUUAUAAUCAGGUUAUACUCAGAAGACUGCUACAUUACAUGAGGGAGUAAUUUCUUAAUACUUGGACAUGUGGUGACUUAAAGGUAUCAGGGCCUCCUCCUUACCAUUGAGAUAAGGCCUCAUCGGCUGUCUAGGACUUAUUAUGCUAGUAUUUGUUUGUAGUAACAAGCUAACAGAGGCCCGAGCUAAACAUUAUGCUAAAGGAAACGGAAACAUGUCUGGAUAUAAGCUUAUUUCCCUGAAGAGGAGGAAGCUUUCUUCUUAAUUUUCAAAGGGAAUCAGCAUUAUAGGUGUAGAUUUGUCAUGAACUAUUGUUUGUUAUUGAGCAUGCUGAGGCUGGAAAUAAAAGGAGAUAUUUUCCUCGGUACAAAAGACCUGGAGGGUCUAAAAGAAAUUCUUUUACAUCUUUCUCGUAGCUGAAGUUGCCAAAAACUAUCAAUUAAUCAGGUGAAGUCUUUUGGGCGGGAGAUUUGAGGGUUGCUAUCAAGUAGAACUUGGAUGCAUUGCAGCAAUUUGAGGAAUAUAAUUUGGAGGAAGAAGAGUAGGAGAUCUUUGGCAUGAGUUUGGAACAUUUUCCGAAGUAGCUGACAUAUGAAGAUAAUGGGUUAGAUAUUGAGAUUAAUCAUAAAAGCUACUCUGUCAUUCUUACUUGGAAUGCUAUGUAACAUCCGGUUGACGAUGAAAUGUAUCACAAAAAUUCCCGGAAAAGUGAUUCUUGUGUGACAUGAAUCACAAGGAUUCUGGUGCUUGUAAGUAGUUCUGUUUUAUAAUAAUUAUUGAUUGUUGAUGUUGCAUUA